GAGCCCUACCACACCAACGCCUCGACUUACAUCAUCAUCAACAACAAGGGCUAAUUCCGUACAACCUACUGCAACACCUACCCCUCCACCAAGUACAACCACUUCAAAUGGGGGUACAUCAUCCCGUCCCCACGAAUACGACUCCAACGAGUCCAAUUAGCAGUGGUGCUGGAUCUUCGACGAUUGUGACAACAGAUUCGAGUUCUGUUGGCAUUAGCCCCACCCCAACACUACAAUCUCCUAUUUCCCUCACGACCUCGACAGUUUCUUCAGCACUCUACCUCACCACAACGGCUCGAAAUGGGCGAUCGACCACGAUGCCUGCACCGUUAUCGUUUACGAGUUACCUGAUGACGACGAGCCGUGGGGUUGUGGUCACUCAGACUAUUGUCGUUUCUAAUCCAAGUGGCGCUCCGCGUGCCGGUAUUGGAGGAGGCGGUAAUUCGUGAGUAUUUAUUCUUUUCUCUUUCGAUUAUAGCCGUUUUGACUUACCAAUGCAUAUUCCUGUGCCCCUUGUGUGUGACAGAUUCUUCAGUAAUCGGGGGGCGGUGGCGGGUGCGUUUACCGUCAUAGGCAUAGCAGCGGCAUCUAUACUUGCUUAUGCCCUGCU